AUGCAAGUUGGUAACGAGAGGAGAUGUUUUGCUUGGUGUGAUCCGUGGUUGCCUGUGGGGUCUAUCUUGGAGAAUUAUGGGGAGGGGGUGGUCUAUGAUGCUGCGAGCUAUCUUGAGGCUAGGCCCUCAGAUUUCUUAUCUGAUGAUGGUUAUUGGCAUAGGCUUUUGUUAUCUUGGGAAUUGCGUGAUUUGUGGGAUUUGGUUCAAGAUGUGGUUCCGAGGGUGGAUGAGGUGGAUAGAUGGGUUUGGGUUCUGAGUAGUACCGAUCGUUUUAUUGUUGCCAGUGCGUGGAAGAGUUUGCGUCCUAGGGGUCCUAGGGUGGCUUGGGCUUGUCUACUUUGGUUUAGGGGUAAUAUUCCAAGGCAUUCAUUUUGGGCCUUGUUGAUGGUGAAGGAUAGGUUGGGCACUCGGGAUUGA